CCUUCCUUCCCACUUCCUGGGAAAAGAAGAGCACUCAUUAGCACAGUCACCCAUUAUCCAGCAGGGCCCUGGGCCUGCUAUCUAAUGAGGCUGCCCCCUCUUCCCACCCUUUCCUGUUUUCACAGUUGGACCAUCCCAGUGGAACCACACAAACCUGGGUUCAGAUCUCAGGUUCCCUCCUUCAUAGUUACGAGGCUCUGGGCAGCUCACUCCACCUCUCUGAGCCUCUGCUGGCUCAUCUGUAAACAGGAAUAAUGAUACCCGUUCAGCCAGCCCCACAGGGUUGUUGUGAAGAUGAAAUGAGCCAUACCCACGGAACACUGUGGUCAUUAUCAUUAGUCAUGGCAUUUAGAAGCACGAGGCAACCGGGUAUUGUCUUACCUUGUGCCCUAUUUUACAGAUGUGGAGAUCGGCACUUAGAGAAGGGAGUCGGCUGCCCAAGGGUCCCUUAGCAGGGCAGUAGGCAAACUGGGGUUAGACCCACGUCUACGGGUGCACCUCCCAUCGCACGGCUGCUGCCAUCUGUGCUGCCAUCUGUGUCACUCCAAGGCGUGACACAAAUCAGCAGCCAUGAACUACGUCGGGCAGCUGGCGGAGACGGUGUUUGGGACGGUGAAGGAGCUGUACCGGGGCCUGAACCCAGCCACGCUGAGCGGCGGCAUUGACGUGCUGGUGGUGAAGCAGGUGGACGGCUCGUUCCGGUGCUCACCCUUCCAUGUGCGUUUUGGCAAGCUGGGCGUCCUGCGGUCACGGGAGAAGGUGGUAGACAUUGAGAUCAAUGGGGAGCCUGUGGGCUUGCACAUGAAGCUCGGCGACAGCGGGGAGGCCUUCUUCGUUCAGGAGCUGGAGAGCGAUGAGGAACACGUGCCUCCCGGCCUGUGCACCUCACCCAUCCCUUGGGGGGGUCUGUCUGGCUUCCCCUCAGACUCCCAGGUGGGCAAUGCCAGUGAGCCUGAGGGCCUCGUCAUGGCAGGCACGGCCUCCAUUGGGCGGAGGAAGAGGCGUCGCAGGAGGAAGCCCAAGCAGAAGGAGGACGCAGUGGCAACUGAUUCUAGUUCAGAGGAACUGGAGGCAGGCGCUGAGAGUGAGCUGUCCCUGCCGGAAAAGCCGAGGCCAGAGCCCCCAGGCAGUGUCCAGUUGGAAGAGAAGUCUUCACCGCAGCCCAAAGACAUCUACCCCUACUCGGAUGGCGAGUGGUCCCCCCAGGCCAGCCUCUCAGCAGGUGAGCUAACAUCCCCUAAGAGCGACUCGGAGCUGGAGGUGCGGACCCCGGAGCCCAGUCCCCUGAGAGCCGAGGCCCACAUGCAGUGGGCCUGGGGGAGGCUGCCUAAGGUGGCCAGAGCUGAGCGGCCCGAGUCCUCAAUGGUCCUUGAAGGCAGAGCUGAGGCAACCUCUCCUCCUCGGGGAGGACCCAGCACUCCCUCUACCUCUGUGGCUGGCAGCGUGGACCCUUCGGGACCCCUAAUCCAGCAAACAGAGGCUGGUGCCGACCUUCAUCCUGACACAGAGGAUCCUACUCUAGUGGGUCCCCCUCUCCACACCCCAGAGACAGAGGAAACCAACACUCAGAGCUCUGGGGACAUGGGCCUCCCUCCUGCCUCCAAGUCAUGGAGCUGGGCCACUCUGGAGGGUCUAGUUCCCACUGGGCAGCCAGAGAGGGUCUCCAGGGGGAAAGGCUCCCCAAAGAGAAGCCAGCACCUGGGCCCCAGUGACAUCUACCUGGACGACUUGCCCUCCCUGGACUCUGAGAAUGCAGCGCUUUACUUCCCCCAGAGUGACUCUGGGCUGGGGGCCAGAAGAUGGAGUGAACCCAGCAGUCAGAAGUCCCUGAGGGACCCCAACCCUGAACAUGAACCUGAACCCACUCUGGACACAGUAGAUACAAUAGCACUGUCCCUCUGUGGUGGACUGGCUGACAGCCGGGACAUCUCCCUAGAGAAAUUCAGCCAGCACAGCGUCUCCUACCAGGACCUCACCAAAAACCCCGGACUUUUGGAUGACCCAAACCUAGUGGUGAAAAUCAAUGGGAAGCAUUAUAACUGGGCUGUGGCUGCCCCCAUGAUCCUCUCCCUGCAAGCCUUCCAGAAAAACUUGCCCAAGAGCACCAUGGACAAGCUGGAGAAGGAGAAGAUGCCCCGGAAGGGUGGGCGAUGGUGGUUUUCCUGGCGACGCAGGGACUUCCUGGCCGAGGAGCGCAGUGCCCAGAGGGAGAAGACUGCAGCCAAGGAACAGCAGGGGGAGAAGACAGAUGUCCUGAGCAGUGAUGACGACGCCCCAGACAGCCCUGUGAUCCUCGAGAUCCCCUCCUUGCCACCCUCCACUCCACCCUCCACUCCCACCUACAAGAAGUCCCUCCGCCUUUCCUCCGAUCAGAUUCGGCGCCUGAACCUGCAAGAAGGUGCCAAUGAUGUGGUGUUCAGUGUGACCACUCAGUACCAGGGCACCUGCCGCUGCAAGGCCACCAUCUACCUGUGGAAAUGGGACGACAAGGUGGUCAUCUCUGACAUCGACGGCACCAUCACCAAGUCGGACGCUCUGGGCCAUAUCCUGCCCCAGCUGGGGAAAGACUGGACACACCAGGGCAUCACCAGUCUCUAUCACAAAAUCCACCUAAAUGGGUACAAGUUCCUGUACUGCUCGGCGCGGGCCAUUGGCAUGGCGGACCUCACCAAGGGGUACCUGCAGUGGGUGAGCGAGGGGGGCUGUAGCCUCCCCAAGGGCCCCAUCCUUCUGUCUCCCAGCAGCCUCUUCUCUGCCCUCCACAGAGAGGUGAUUGAGAAGAAACCAGAGGUGUUCAAGGUCGCCUGCCUGAGUGACAUCCAGCAGCUGUUUCUGCCCCAUGGACAGCCUUUCUAUGCUGCCUUUGGGAACAGGCCCAAUGAUGUCUUUGCCUACCGGCAGGUGGGCCUACCUGAGUCACGCAUCUUCACAGUCAACCCCCGGGGCGAGCUCAUCCAGGAGCUCAUGAAGAACCACAAGUCCACGUAUGAGCGGCUUGGUGAGGUGGUUGAGUUCCUCUUCCCACCUGUGGCCCGUGGCCCCAGCACAGACCUGGCCAACCCUGAAUACAGUAACUUCUGCUACUGGCGGGAGCCACUGCCCACUGUGGACCUUGAUACCCUGGACUGAACCUGCCCUGGCUUCUCCUCCCUGGCCCGGCCCAGAACUGACUAGGUGUACCGGGGUAUAGGAGGGUGGGAGCUGGAGUGCCACGGGGCAAACCCACUGAAGGGGAAGAAGGGGGCUGCAGGUUGGUUGGAGCUAGAGAGACUCCCCCAUCUUCCCCGUCCUGUUUUUGCCAGCUAAGCUGCAGAUGCUCCAGGUGUCAGUGUGGCACUGGCCUGGGGCAAUUACUUUGUCAUCUGGGCCCUUGCAGGGUUCUGUUUUUUGUGUUGUUUUUUUUUUCUGAGACAGGGUCUUGCUCUGUUGCCCAGGCUGGAGUGCAGUGGCAUGAUCUUGGCUCACUGCAACUUCCGCCUCCCAGGUUCAAGCGAUUCACCUGCCUCAGCCUCCCAAGUAGCUGGGAUUACAGGCAUGUACCACCACACCUGGCUAAUUUUUGUGAUUUUAGUAGAGAUGGGUUUUCACCAUGUUGGCCAGGGUGAUCUCGAACUCCUGACCUCAAGUGAUCUGCCCACCUUGGCCUCCCAAAGUGCUGGGAUUACAGGCAUGAGCUACCACGCCUGGCCUCCGUGCAGGGUUCUCUAUGCCCUUGAUAUCUCUCUCCCUGUCGACCUGGGACCUUGCUGUAACUCUUGAUAGGACAGGGAGAAGAGGGAGGCCCCACUGAGGCUCGAGGCAUCAGUGAAGGGUUGGUGGCAGCAGUGGGAGUGUGGUGCAGCUUCUGGAAGGACAUAGUGUUCUCCCCGCCCCUUAUCUGGGAGCCAGGACUGUACCCUCUGAAGCCAGACAUCACUGCCAACACAUCCCCCUUGCUGGUGCCCUGGCAUCUCAGCACACGAUACACACCCACACCUGCAGGCUGAGAGAGUGUGGCUCUGGCUUGGCCUGCUCCCCGUCUGGCUGCUGCCACUGCCUCUCUCCAGACCUCCCUUAAAGACAGUCCCAAACUCAGCCGGGGCAGGUGGGUGUUGGCUUGACAGUCCUCCCCCAGUCUCUGCUGGCCAGCUUGGUGCUCACAGCUGCUCGGUAAGCUCUUGCCUAAGGAGCUGUAGGAAGCAGGGAUGAUGCCCCAGCAACCUCUCCUCCCACUGUCUUUGGUGAAGAAAGUAGCUUUAGACUGGCUAAAAGCUUUAAUCCAGAGCUGCCCUACUCCGAUAGUACCAGAGUGGAAGGCAGAAUACCAAAUGUCCAGGAACAAAAGGCAGGGCUGUGGGGACCUGAAGAGCAGCACAGCGGGGCCCGUGCUGCUGUGGGGGAAACUGAGGCUGGGAGCCUCAGCAGAGACGGGUGUCAGAGUCUCGGAACUGCAGAGGCCUGAGGAACAUGCGUUUUCAAGUUGUCCAUUGACGGUUUCGUACCUGAAUUUCUCACCUUUUGUGAACAUCCUGGGAGGGUGGCGGUUUUGCAGGGGUGUUAAAAGCAAGGCCCGGAACUCCUUUCCUCCAGCUGGGGGCUCCUUCUCAGGGCCUGGCCUCAUUCAGGCCACUUUCUAGAGAAAUGCCCUGACCUCGCAGGAAGGAUUUCCCCACCCCCGAGUGGAAGGAAGAGGACAGUGCGGGCACCAGAGAGCCCUGGAAACAUUUUAGGGGAAGGAAAGGAAAAGGAUAAAUUUGGGGUGGGGGGUCUCUAAACAGAUUGCCUGCAUUUCGUUCUUUCCUGGGGUUCUACAGCUGCCUAAGCCCUCACCUUGGGGGAGGAUCAAAGGGAAUAAAGAGAACUCUUGUCUGA